UUGAACGAUAUGUUCAAGAUGUUCAAGUUGAUCAAUAUUUACCAAAACUAUAUACAUGGAAUAUUUUGAAAGGAAGAUAUGAACAAAUUUUAAAUAAGAGAGGAGGUUUAACAAAAAAUUAUCCUGGUGGUAUUUAUUUGCAGCAAUUUCAAGGACGAAGUGCAACUCCUUCUUAUCUUCCUGUUCAUAAACCAAAAGCAAAAAAUGUACAACCAAAUUUAAGAGGAUUUGCUAAAAAUCAUAAACAACAGCAACAAAGAGUUGUUAAAAUUUCAGUUCCAAAAAAUAAACGGGGAAGAAUCAAAAAACCAAGAAUAGCAAAAAGUUCAAGACGUCGUUCAAGAGUAGUUAGAAGCCCAAGACGUAAAAAUAGAUAG